CUUGGAUUCCCCUCAAACAGGAAACUAAGUGCAGGGAGGUUUUCAGGAAUUCGAGCCCUUUUUACAAGGAACAUUAUUGAAGGUAUAAAUUCUGCCCUGCAUGAGGGUUCGGUACCUACUGAUUACAGUGUGUGGACUCUGCCCUGAACUGGAGUCGUUUUUCCCUAUCACGAAUCCACCCUCAGCCCGGGGACCUGUUCCGAUGUUUCAUAGCCGACUGAAUAACCGAGGUAGCAGACCAAACGCGACGUUGAGACUCAAUUUAGAGACUAUGAAGAAGAGAUCGACACGAAAGAAAGCCUAUAAAAUCGAGCCAGGAUGGGAUCUCGGCUCUAACUUCCCUGAACCAACUUGGACUCGGGUGUUUGGCUGGUUGCUAAGGCGAGGGAGGACGGCGGCUACCAGGACGUGGGAAUGAUUGGUGGAAGCAAGAAAAGAUGUCACCAAUGAAAAGAGGGCAGCUAGACUUAAGGUCCAAUCAGAGGAGGGGAGUGAUCUGGACCGUACCAAUACGUCCAUUAGGCAGGGGAAUCUUGAAUUAAUAUAGUCAAGAGACCCGCAAGGUGGAUGCUAGAAACAUGAAACUGUGAAGCUAUACUGUCUAUUUUCUCCUAAAAGUUAAGCCGCGAUCUCGAGAAGGAACGCGGUGGGCCCGCAGUGGUCACAAUCCCCCCUCCGUAGACGCUCAGCAUGGUGCGCUCCGCUUGAUCACGUGAGCCGGCUCCAAGAUGGCGACGGGGGUGGCCGGGUGGGGGGUUGAGGCGGACGAGUUCGAGGAUGCGCCUGAUGUGGAGCCGCUAGAGCCCACGCUUAGCAACAUCAUCGAGCAGCGUAGCCUUAAGUGGAUCUUCGUUGGGGGCAAGGGUGGCGUGGGCAAGACCACCUGCAGCUGCAGCUUAGCAGUCCAGCUCUCCAAGGGGCGGGAAAGUGUCCUCAUCAUCUCCACAGACCCAGCUCACAACAUCUCAGAUGCUUUUGACCAGAAGUUCUCCAAGGUGCCUACCAAGGUCAAAGGCUAUGACAACCUCUUCGCCAUGGAGAUCGACCCCAGCCUGGGCGUGGCUGAGCUGCCAGACGAGUUCUUCGAAGAGGACAACAUGUUGAGCAUGGGCAAGAAAAUGAUGCAGGAGGCCAUGAGCGCCUUCCCGGGCAUUGACGAGGCCAUGAGCUAUGCCGAGGUCAUGAGGCUGGUGAAGGGCAUGAACUUCUCCGUGGUGGUAUUUGAUACGGCACCCACGGGCCACACACUCAGGCUGCUCAACUUCCCCACCAUCGUGGAACGGGGCCUAGGCCGACUCAUGCAGAUCAAAACACAGAUCAGCCCCUUCAUCUCCCAGAUGUGCAACAUGCUAGGCCUGGGAGACAUGAACGCAGACCAGCUGGCCUCCAAACUGGAGGAGACGCUGCCUGUCAUCCGCUCUGUCAGUGAACAGUUCAAAGACCCUGAACAGACAACCUUCAUCUGUGUGUGCAUCGCAGAGUUCCUGUCUCUGUACGAGACAGAGCGGCUGAUCCAGGAGCUGGCCAAGUGCAAGAUUGAUACCCACAAUAUCAUUGUGAACCAGCUCGUUUUCCCCGACCCUGAGAAGCCCUGCAAGAUGUGUGAGGCCCGCCACAAGAUCCAGGCCAAGUAUCUGGACCAGAUGGAGGACCUGUAUGAAGACUUCCAUAUCGUGAAGCUGCCACUGCUACCGCACGAGGUGCGUGGGGCGGACAAGGUCAACACCUUUUCUGCCCUCCUCCUGGAGCCCUACAAACCCCCUAGUGCCCAGUAGCACCACACCAACCCCUGCUGCUGCCAUUCCACACCCACACUCCCCACCGGGGCAGAGUUUGCACAAAGUCCCCCAUAGUACUGGGGAGACCCAUGGGGGGAAUAAGAGGCGGGGAGGGGGGUCUGUUCCCCCUGGUGGGGCUGAGGGGCCUGCAGUUGCCCCCACCUCUCCCUGUCUCUCACUCCUCAAUAAAAUAAUCUUAGACA